GCUUUUUUUUGCAUCAAUCAAAAUCAAAUUAAAAGGUAAACAAUCCCUCGUGUGUGUUACUGUGUUCGCGGCCGGCUUUUGAAAACUGUACCUGAUGAAGGUCGGGUCUUUGUAGAGGACGAAGGUUGUGGAAAAGAGAGAGCCUCGUCCGUGCAAAGACUGAAAAGAGACGGAUGGACAGUUUGUCCUCGUGGCUGAACCGGGGCUUCGUGCUGGGCCUCGGCUGCGGCGCCGGCUUCGUCUGGCUGCUCACCUGGAAGGCGCGCAAGACCCUCAGGUCGCCGAAUUCGUCCGUGACGGGCCCUGAGAUCGAGGAGGAGAUGUCGGACGAUGACGAGGAGAAAAAGUUGGUGGUGGUCGUCAGGACCGACCUGAAGAUGGGCAAGGGCAAGAUUGCCGCUCAGGUGGCGCACGCGGCGGUGGCGGCGUACAAGCAGGCCAAGCGCUGGAACCCGGAGGUGCUGGGCGAGUGGGAGCGGUGCGGCCAGACCAAGGUGGCCCUCAAGGCGAGUGGGGGGGAGGAGCAGCUGCGGCAGUUGGCCACGGCGGCCAGGGCGCACGGCCUCGGCGUCGCCCUCAUUCGCGACGCCGGCCGCACCCAGAUCGCCAGCGGCUCCACCACCGUCCUCGGCGUCGGCCCCGGACCCUGCGCCACCAUCGACAAGGUCACCGGACACCUCUCCCUCCUCUGAGAACACCCCGCACUGUCCCCACCUUAGUCCCCAAUAAAAACUCCCAUUCGCAAUUACAAAACACUUUUCAUCUUUCGAAACUGUCUCAAAUGAUCAAUUUAUUCAUUUUAAUUGGACUCUAUUUUUCUACUGUCAUAUAACAGAAGUUGGAAAAACCUGAAAUUUAUUAAAAAAUCUGAAUCCGAAAUUAAGAGGCUUCCUAAUUUAAAAUACCUUUAUCUUUUUUGUUUCCAGUCGAUUCCUUGUGUUCUGACCUUUCCAACAAUAUGUCACAUGCCAUUAUUUUGGAGGAAAAAUUAAUUUAGUGGUGGGGGAACCAUCUGAACCAAUCAGAUCGCCCAAUUUCUACUAAAUUCUUUUUCUCAUCAAAUCUUGUGGUGAUCUUUACAUUUUUUAAUUUCUUUUCGAUUUCUUGUGACCUCAGCUUAUUAAUGGUACAUUUUUUUUACCGAUGUAAUUGAGUGAUUCAUUCAAUUUAAUAAAAAAAGGACCAAGUAGAUAAAUCUAAUAUUUUGAUUAAAUUAGACGAUCUUUGGUUUCUUUCCAUCAAAAGUACCAAUAUUAACCUCAUUUCUAUUAUAUUGAUCUGCAAAUUUGAUUCACAAGUAAUUGACUGGAAAUGAAAAAUUGCCUCUGGGAUAUGAAACCGGCCAUUCAAUCGCCUAAAUGUGACAGCAUAAUAAAAAUUCCCUUUUACUCGA